UAAAUAAAUAAAUAAAUAAAUAAAUAUUGUAUAAUAAUCCAAGGUUGUUAUUCAUGCACUAUAUGAAUGCCCUAUACGACUUGCCUGUCAUCGUCAAGGAAUGUUCAACGGAAUUCAAGCACCUACUCAACGUCACCAAUGUGUGUAUAAACGAAUUCAAGCGUCUCAAAAUCGCAAUCUCAACUUGUGACCAUUGGAUCGCAUCAUCGCGAGAUGAUGCACUGAAACUCCUAUCAACUACUCUCCAAGCCUGGGAGCAUCACCUGGGCAGCUCAGGAGAAAUUCCAACCUUUUCGAUGUUCGAAAAUUUUCUAAACAAUCGCCUUGUCAGCAUCGAAAUGAUAGAAAGUCGCAAAGGGAACCCAUCAGCAAAACCCACAUCGGUCCAAAAUGCAUCGCAUAAACCGUCAUACAAGCUUCCGAACAACUCUAACAACAAUAACAUACAUAAACGCGGCAGCUACCAUACCACCAGCGGAACCAAUUCCGCAAUGCGUUGCACUCAUUGUAGUGGCAACCACAUUUUAAGGCGUUGUCCAGAGUUCUUGUCUAAAGAUUGUUUUGCUCGAAAACUGAUAGCGGAAAACACCAAGCAUCAGUCAACGAGGGAUUCAUCCUCAUCGGCAAGCUCAAUUCAAGCCAACACAACUCAGCUCGUGAGUGCAAUGGCCUCGUAUAAGUCACCUACAGUGAUUCUAGCGACGGCACUGGUUCGACUGCACAACAACAUCACUGGUCAGUCUAUGAUAGUACGCGCUUUAAUUGAUCACGGCUCCGAGGGAACUCUUGUUACGGAAAAUGUCGUCCAAGCCCUUGGACUAAAGCGAUUCCCUGUUUCUGCUGAAAUCACGGGAGUUGGCGAAAACUCAACAAAUAAGUGCAAGCAUCGCACGGGGUUUACAUUAAGCUCAUGUAUACACCCUCAGUUCCAAAUGUCAGUGGAUACGGCGUUUGUGCUUCGCUCUUUAACAUCGCCUCUGCCAAAGAUGAAUAUCCACCUGCAAAACUGGUCGCAUAUCCAAGGACUCGAAUUGGCAAAUCCUACUUUUACGCGAUCCGGUCGAAUCGACUUGCUGAUUGGCGUGGAUGUCAUACCUCAGCUCAUGCUGCCUGAAGUUCGGAAGGGAGCUCAGGAUCAACCAAUAGCUCAGCGCACGCAACUGGGUUGGAUUGUAUUUGGUAAGACAAACCAAAUACUUUCGCAUGCCAUAUCCAUUCGAUGCCAUCAGACAAAUUUGGAGUCUUUGGUCAAUAAGUUUUUUGAACUAGAGAAAAUUCCCGAAACUCGACAGUUGACAGCAGAAGAACAAUGGUGCGAGGAUCAUUUCAAACGCACGCAUACACGUCAACCCAAUGGGAAAUAUAUGGUUCGGCUCCCAUUCAAGACGCAGUUCGAUUCCUCGCAAGUUCUUGGGAAAUCUCGGCAAAUAGCCCUUAAUCGCUUCCAUAUGUUGAAGCGCAAGUUUCAAAAACAACCAGCGUUACAUUAGCAAUAUUCAGCCGUCAUCCAAGAGUAUUUUGAUCUCAACCAGAUCAUCGAAGCUGCAAGCACUGAGGAGCAACAUCACACUCACACGCCAUUGGGGCAGGUCGGUUUUGCUGUACUAAAGGAGGAGAGUACCACCACCAAAUUACGCGUGGUCUAUGAUGCGUCUUGCAAAACUUCCAAUGGCCGUUCUCUCAACGAUGUCCUUUGCACAGGCCCCGCGUUGCAGACUGAUCUUGGGGGAGUCAUACUAAACUGGCGCAUGCAUCGAUAUGUUUUUGCGGCAGAUAUCCAAAAAAUGUACCGAUGCAUAGACAUGCACCGGGAUGAUGCCCAGUUUCAACGGAUUUUUUGGCGAAACGAACAGGAUCAAAUUCAGGAAUAUUGUUUAACUACAGUGACCUUUGGAACAGCGUCGGCUCCAUAUACGGCAAUCAGGAUUAUGCAUCAAGUAGCUCAGGAUGAAAGUGUGAGAUAUCCAUUGGCACAACAUGUACUGC